CUGUCAAAUACCCAGAUCAGAAUCAAAGCGAAAACUGAAUUCUGAUCCAUCGAGCAAUAUGCGCAAAAGAUGAAGAGGUCAGUAAAAGAAACGAAAGGUGCUUCCCCUGCUUGGCUCACGUCCAAGAAGCUGGAGGCUACCAGCGGUGGACAAACCUCGGGCAAGAACAGCAAGCUUCCUCGUGGAAAGCGCCCAACCGGAGCACAAUGGCAAGAAGUGGAGUCGCAAGCGUUUCCUGGAGAACUGCUAUCCCAAGGAACAAGGAAAGCUAUCCUACCGAAGGGCUCAGGAUCGGGAAGUCUCCAGAAACUGAACGAGGCCCCGACUGCGAGAACUCCGGAGAGACGAAGGUCCAACGAAGAGAAACAGCACUCGGUCGAGAAGCUCACGGCGAACCAGGAUCUGAAAACCUCAGAGAAGAUUCCGUCCCCCGGUAAAGGCUUACAAGUGAGCGUUGAUCAAGGGCUUGCGGUGAGCGUCAUUCCUCUAGUGGCGGCAAAGCCGAAGUUCGUGUUCGAGAAGGAGAAGUUCGAAAACUCCGUUAAGGAUAUGCAAGGAUCUUUGCAGAUGGCAAAUUCAACAUUUGCCGAUAUCUCCAGAUCCCAUCAAAGACUUGCAGCAUGGCGGCCAGCUUGGCCUGACCUUGAUGGUAUCCGGAGUGGGAAGUUCCGUGCGCCUACAGAAGACAUAGCACCCGAGAGUUACGACACAUAUCCGGGAUGGGUCCGGACUGCUGAUCAGAUGCUUCGAGAGGAGUCCUUCUUGCUGGCUGACAAGGCGGCGAUGCUCGCUGGAAGGACCAAAGGGGAAAGCACGAUAUCUUCGAACGUCGCCUCCACACAAAGCAAUGAAGCACACAGCCAAGGGAAUGCAGAUUUGCAGGAGCAUGGCAAAAGUCAGCACAGCCUGUUUGCGACUGGAGGGACUGCGCAACCGAGGUCCAUCCCCGGACAUGCCUCUGCAAGCAACACCGAGCCAAAUGCUGCUGCGACCGUACCAGAUACAUACAUGGAGGACACACUGAAGGCAACCUCUCUCGUACUCGUAGAUCGACCUCCAGUUACUAAGACAGCAGGUCCAAAUUUUGCAUUCCCGGAAAUCCCCGCAAAGGCCGCCAAUGAGGGAACGCAACGUCAAGAUGAUGGUUCAAUCCCUUCUCCAUCAUCUGGUGUAUUGGACGGGCUACCAGAUGCUCCUCACGUGGAGAAGAGGCAUCCGCCUAGCGGAGGAAUCGAUAUCGAGUUGCAUUCCAACGAACCGGCACGACCGAACUCAGCCGAAAGUGUACCAGCGGCACCUUCAACCGAUUUGAUCUUUCUUACAAGGAGGGACCGUCCGAAGAGUGGUGCGACCGUCACCAGCAGGCAGCGCCCGAAGAGCGGUACGACCGUCAGUUGGGAAGAUGACAUUUCAAUGCUUGCGACGAACCAGCGCGCACAAUCGGGGACGAAGGAGAGGGGGUCCCGAAUUCCAUCGGCGAUCAACAAUAGAGACAUACCGCCCUCGAACAAUCUCCAAAGCAACGACUUGGGGGACUUCAACAUAACGUUCGUCAACAUAGAACCAGGCCCCCGCAGGCCAGAGGUGCAAAAGUCGACCGGCGCGACCCCAGAACUGUCACAUGAAGUUCCCGAGAUGGGCGGUUUUCGGCUGCUUCUGGACAUACAAAAGAAUCAGAAGAGAGCUUUAACACAAAACGCAACGGACGCAUCCUCCGGAGACGGAAUAAAUGCAAGCGAUCGGUCUGCUCAUCUCUCGAGAUCGAGAGUAGUCUCUGGAGACCGAAGAUUCCCAAUCCAGGUCCCAUCGGAGGAUGGAAGAUCGACCCCUAAUCAGCAGGUGCAUGUGCAUACCAUCCACAUAGCCGCUGGCGGACACGAUGGCGAACGUUCCAUGAGAUCUCCUCGAAGCUCCAGCGCCAGGCGGGCCCGCUCUCCGAGACGGCCCAGCACUUGUCCGGGAGCGCAGGGCUCUCGGCGUAGUCGCUCAUUGUCGAGUAGUGGGCAGAGAUAUGGGGCGGUGAUGGAUGGGAUGCACAUGAAUCCCGCAGCCGGUGAUUCAGAUCAGGAACAUAGUAUGCAUCAAGGUGAGGCACACGCCAACGGCAUUGGAGAUAGCGUCUAUGUCCAGGGACAGCAACGCAAACAUCCAAGGGCAUCGCCAACGCCUUCAACUCCGCAACCCUGGGAAGAUGAUCAUCUAGAGCGGAGGUUAGAGACGUACAAUCUCGCCGACCGUGCAAGAUCCCCAUUUGUUUUCGGCAAUGAAGUCCAAGCAAACGCUUUGAUUCCGUUCACACCUGAAGGGCAGUAUCAGCGGUCUGCUUUUGUCUGUCACAUCCCUGGCAGGAGUCGAAAUGAGCCUCAGUACUACUACGUUGAAUCAAAGGUCACUCGGCGCGGAAUGCGUGAGGAAGAAGACAGAUCUCGGGUAGCGACAUGGCGCAGUAUGACCCAGAUGUAUGAGAGUAAGAUGACGGCGAAGAAGAGCGUGCCUACGAAGAAUAUCGUGCUCUCCGAUUGCACUGGCGAUAUUCUGCGACCACCCAUGCGCUCCAUGACAGCCUCCCGAGAGGCAUCUCGGCCGUCGACGAAGCAGAGCAAGCGGAAUGCAUCAGCACGUCCUGUUAGGACUCCGCCCGAACACUCCAGCCUUCUCAUCAAGCUGAUCAAGGAUCUUGUUAGGAGCAAAUCGGAAGACAACAGUCCAAAAGAAGAGAAAAAGCCACAGUGGGAUCCCAAGUGUUGGACUACAACCGAAUAUGUGGAAGAAUUAGGCGAGAGUCUCGAGUACGAGAUCUCGGUAGUUGAUGUCAAUGCGCAAUACGAUCAUAUUUUGAGGAUGGGAGGUGAAGAUCCCACUUGGAACGCAGAAGUUCUCGCAUCACUCAUGUGGACCCACCGACAGUUUGCCUCGAAAGACCCCGCAAAGGCAGCUAGCACGAGUCAAAGCCCAUCGACUGCUGAAUCACCUGCUCAGUCGAAAUUGAAGGCUCAUCGUGGCGCGAAUGGGAGCAUGUAUCGCCGCCCGCCUGCGAAGGCGAUUGAUAUCCCGUCAAAUCAGGGCAUCGCCAAGGAGGAUGAUUUGUUUGCCGGCGAUGCGGCUGUAUCUGGGUGGACCGACGGAGAAUCCGAAAAUGGGCAACGACCAAAAGAAACGGAAGCCGAUGAUCCUGUCGAAACGACAAAGGAGCUGAUGGCCCUGAGCUCGUUGGAAGAUUCAGAACAGGACAGCGAUGAGCCAGAAUCGGAGCCACGAGAGACGGAGGAUAGGCAAAUGCCCGUGUUCAGGGCCCCGAAAGCAGAUGAGUUCGGCGCCGAUGUGUCAACAAAAUCUAUCCGCCGACGAAGUCUUGCAGGGAUCAGGUCAGGGGGUAACAAGAGAACUAUCUCUUCCGUCUCCACUUUCCAACUGGAAGCUCGAAUCCCUGUUCCUUCAGCCUUGCGGCCUAUUUCUUCAGCUGCAUUUGCCCGAGAUCUGAAGAAGGAGGCAAAUCGACCACAUUCUCGAGGCAUUCGCAGCGCUCCGGACCCAGAUUCUCCAAAUUAUCGCAAACCUCGGCUAUCGCACCUCGAUUCGACAUGUCCUGGUGGCCGCGGAAGGCUGAUUCCAGCAUCCGUGUCGUUACAAAGAAUCACCGCUGGUGACCCUGGUGUGAUUCCUCCAUCAAGAAGGCAGGAAAUCUCGGACUUUUUGAAUGGAUCGGCCCAUCCCAAACAAGGCUCCAAAUCACAUCACCGGACAAGUCUAAUGGAUGGCAAAAUCGCUAAUCCCCCGGUUCAGAGGCUACCUGACGUGAUGGUAGUCAGGAUCGCACAUAGAAAGGACCCGUCUACACGAUGGCGGUCCCACAGUGCCCAUGCAAAGGUGGAACGAACAGACCGUCACGCCGAGGAGGAGACGGUCUGGGUCUCUCAAAUGCCACCCAUCAAAGAUGCUGUGUCGUGGUCGGAUUUGGGCAAACGCGCCUCUCCUACUCCACCAGCCCCACCAGCUGCUGAGAGUGAAUCCAUCCCGUCAGAGCGGCCAGCAACCGAAUCGUCCCGUCCUUCUUCAAGAAAGCUGAGAAUAGUGCAAUUCGCCAUGGACUACCCUCUUCCCCCACGGACUGCGCCGUCCGGAUUGGAUUUUUCUCAACGACUCCCUCCACUAUCGGUGCAGAUGUAGGAGGUGGGAAGGUACUGUAGAUGUAGAGAAUAUGCAGCUUUCCCUUCCCAUCUUGCGUAGUCUCCCGCCAAGCCCCUCAGGAUUUGAGAGAGGCUAGGGUAGGGCUAGAUCCCGUGGAACAAACCGUAAUAAGGAAAAGAGUAUCUUGUUGAGAGUUUCCUAGGUUCCUACGUCUUGUAAUACUGUAGAGUACUGUGUAGACCAUGUAGCUAUCGUAAGGGAAUCGACGGAAAGACGGAAACGCGUGGAAAGCUGCUGAGGGGAGAGGAAAGAGAACCACUUCGA